GCCUCGCAAACACACUACAUGAAGGCGAGUGAAGAUGGCGGAUGUGUUGAGCGUUCUUCGUCAGUAUAACAUCCAGAAAAAGGAAAUAGUCGCUAAAGGGGAUGAGGUGAUAUUUGGAGAGUUCUCCUGGCCGAAAAAUGUCAAGACCAACUACAUAAUCUGGGGUACUGGCAAAGAGGGCCAACCCAAAGAGUACUAUACUUUGGACUCCAUUUUAUUCUUGCUGAACAAUGUACAUCUGCCGCAUCCAUCGUAUGUCCGAAGAGCUGCAACAGAGAACAUCCCUGUUGUCAGACGACCGGAUCGAAAGGGAUUGCUGUCCUACCUCAAUGGAGAGAGUUCGACAUCGACGAGCAUUGACAGAAGUGCUCCUAUAGAAAUAGGUCUUCAAAGGCCAACACAAGUGAAAAGAGCAGCGGAUGAAGUAUCUUCUGAAGCCAAAAAGCCAAGGAUUGAAGAUGCAGAACGAGUGCGUCUGGAUAAGGAGCGUCUGGCUGCACGUCUGGAAGGCCACAAAGAAGGCAUCGUGCAGACAGAUCAGAUCAGAUCACUUUCUGAGGCCAUGUCGGUGGAGAAAAUCGCAGCCAUCAAAGCCAAGAUUAUGGCCAAGAAACGUUCGACCAUCAAAACGGAUCUAGACGAUGACAUCACGCUGAAGCAGAGAAGCUUCGUGGAUGCAGAGGUGGAUGUCACCAGAGAUAUCGUCAGCAGGGAGAGAGUUUGGAGGACCAGGACGACGAUCCUCCAGAGCAGUGGAAAGAACUUCUCGAAGAACAUCUUUGCCAUUCUUCAGUCGGUGAAAGCCAGAGAAGAAGGCCGAGCGCCAGAGCAGAGACCAGCACAGAACGCCACCCAAGUGGACCCGUCUUUAAGGAACAAGCAGCCUGUCCCAGCAGCCUACAACAGAUACGAUCAGGAGCGCUUCAAAGGAAAAGAAGAAACGGAGGGUUUCAAAAUCGAUACCAUGGGCACUUACCACGGCAUGACGCUUAAGUCAGUGACGGAAGGAGCAUCUGCUCGGAAAGCCCAGACCCCGGCGCUGCAGCCGGUUCCCCGUCCAGUUUCACAAGCCAGACCUCCACCAAACCAGAAGAAAGGAUCCCGAACCCCCAUCAUCAUCAUCCCUGCUGCCACCACCUCCCUCAUCACAAUGCUCAAUGCUAAGGAUCUUCUGCAGGAUCUGAAGUUUGUUACACCAGAUGAUAAGAAGAAACAGGGCAUCCAGCGGGACAACGAGGUUCUGCUCCAGAGGCGCAAAGACCAGAUCCAGCCCGGUGGCACGACGCUGAGCGUCACGGUUCCCUAUCGAGUCAUCGAUCAGCCGCUCAAACUGGCUCCACAGGACUGGGAUCGAGUGGUGGCUGUGUUUGUUCAGGGUCCUGCCUGGCAGUUCAAAGGCUGGCCGUGGCUGCUGCCCGACGGAUCUCCGGUCGACAUUUUUGCUAAAAUUCGAGCCUUCCAUUUGAAAUACGACGAGGCAAAGACCGACCCCAAUGUGCAGAAAUGGGAUGUGACCGUUUUGGAGCUGAGUCGCCACAAGCGCCAUCUGGACCGACCCGUCUUCUUGCGCUUUUGGGAAACCCUCGACAGAUACAUGGUGAAACACAAAUCUCACCUCCGGUUCUGAGCUCAGAUCGCAGUUUCUGUCUGAAACUCCCUAAAACUGAUUCCGCAGCCUUCCAACUCCGUUCAGUCCAGACGUGUUUUCCAAGAAGCCGAAGCCAUCCUCCAUCAUGUAUCCCAUUUUACCCGGAGGAAGAGAAGGUUAUUAAAACAGCCACUGGACUUCCUGAAAACUCCCCCAGCAUUACACUCGGGGAUUUUUCCUUUAAAAACCUGUUAAAGGUUUUCCUGUUUCAGUCCCAGUCAGGUUUCCUGGUAGUUUCAAAAAACAAAAUGUGUUUGAUAUUUAAAAAAAAAUGUAAAAAACCUACAGAGUUAAAAAAAACAACAAAAAAAAGAAAGAUCAAAAACAAGUUACCAAACGACACAAAGUUGAUUUGUUUUGGGUUUCCCAUUUUUGUUUUUAGCUUUGGCAUCAAGGAAAUGAUUGCUUUUUGGCUCUGAGCUGUUCAGUUUAAGGAAAAUACCUUGGAUCACGAACGACUAAGAGCUAAGUUAGAGGAUAGAGACUCUAAUAUCUUUUCAAUUUGGUGUGUUUGUGCUCAGAAUGUACAUACAUGAUAAAACCUGAGAGCCGAAGCUCUUUGAGCAGAGAAAGCUGCAGGUAAGUGAUUUGUUUAUAUGUUAGAAGCCUGCUUCGCCUCAUUCGGCUCCUACUUCUGUUUUUCAGACCAUCAGCAACUCUACUGGUCAUGUGAUGACUUUGUCUUCUUUUUUUUUCUUCGUUGAUGUUGUGCUAGAUGAGAAAAUUGAAAUAUUUGCUUUAAGGCAUCACAUGAGAAUGGACAAUAAAGCCCUUUUGAACCACCAA